AUGAACCCUAAGCUCUACCAGUUCUUCGUUGCUCUCUUCGCCUCUUUCGGCUCUUUCCUGUAUGGCUACGACCUGGGCGUGAUCGCCUCGGUCGUGGCCUCAGACUCCUUCAUUGACAAAUUUGUCCGCGGCAGCAGCACCGUCUCUGGCACCGUGGUAGCCCUCUUCACGGCGGGCGCCUUCUUCGGUGCAUUCGGCGCAGGGUUCACUGACCCGCUCGGGCGUCGAAUGACACUGGUACUGGGCUCCGUCCUCUUUAUCAUUGGGGGAAUCAUCCAGACAGCUUCCGUAAAUCUAGGGAUGCUGUACUUCUCACGUAUUUUUUCAGGAUUCGGUAUUGGGAUCCUCGUCGAGAUGGUCCCGAUGUUUCAGGCAGAGAUCGCCCAUGCCAGAAUCAGGGGUAUCCUGGGCUCGCUGCAGCAGACCAUGCUGGGUAUUGGAAGCCUUGCCGCAAGUUGGAUUGGGUACGGGUGUGAGCAUCACUGGUCGAACACGGGAAACAGUGUGCAGUGGAGGUUGCCCCUGGCCUUACAGGUCGUCCCCGCCAUCGGACUGGCCUCGUGCAUCUUCUUUUUCCCUGAGUCGCCGCGGUGGCUGAUCGAUCAUGACCGGCACGAAGAAGGGCUGCGGAACCUCGCCACUCUGCACGCCAACGGCAACGAGAACGACGCAUAUGUCCUGGCCGAGUUUGAACUGAUCAAGCAGCAGGUAGAGGAGGAGCAUCGGCACGGGGCCAAGUCGUAUAAGGAGCUGUUCUCCAAUCGAUCCAAUACCCGGCGGAUUAUUCUGGCUUGCGCGUGUCAGGCGUCGACGCAGAUGACUGGCGUCUCUGCCAUCCAAUACUUCUCGCCCGCCAUCUUCGCCCAGAUCGGCAUCUCUACGUCCCAAACCCUGCUCUACCAAGGCAUCAACUCCAUCAUCGGCGAACUCGCCCAGUUUAUCUUCUUCUUCCUCAUCGACCGCGUCGGUCGCCGCCCCCUCCAGAUUGGUGGCAACAUUGCCUGCGGCCUCGCGUUCACCAUCGGUGCAGCGCUGAUGGCCGUAUACCCGCCCUCGUCCACAAACACCUCUGCACAUUGGGCAUUCAUCGUCACCAGCACGUGGUUUUUCAAUUUCUGCUUCUGCGCCUCCGGCACAAUGUCCUGGAUCAUCCCCGCGGAAGUCUUUAACACCGCGACCCGCGCCAAGGGCAUCUCGCUAGCCACGAUGGUCUCGUUCGCGUUUAACACAAUGAUCGCCGAGGUAACGCCGGUUGCGUUGGAGAAUAUCGGCUGGCGGUACUAUAUUCUUUUUAUUGUGUGUGACUUUGGAAAUGCUCUCUUCUUUUAUCUGUUCUUGCCGGAGACCAAGGGAAUUACACUGGAGGUUAUGGACGAUCUCUUUACAAACUCGCCGCUGCUUGUCCCUGGAAGUCGGUGGCAGCCACGCCCGGAGUUGGAUGUUGACAAGGUCAUGGAGAGGAAGGAUAUCAUGCUUCGCUCAGUGGUUGCGGCUCCCUGA